AUGCUCCAAGCUUUUCUGGAUUGGAGGAGCAGAUAUCAGCACUUAAGAUCAUCACCUUAUUAUAACACGGAUCAAAUAUAUGGCACUGCACGUAUGUUUGACCUGGAUCUCUUCCUCCGUACCGUCACCGAAUCCGAAGUGAUACGUUCCUACGUUGUUGGUGCUUCUAUUACUUAUCGACCAGAUCAAGAAGAAUCUGUAUUUUCCGUAGUCCAGCUUCUGCGACCCUCUCUUGCAUAUCUUCAUCUAAAGUGCGCAUUGGACACAAUGUUCCGAAACAGAGCACUCAUAUUUCUUGCCACCUGCUUGGAAGUUGAAAUAUCAGAAAGACAUGACAUCGAUAACCAAACAAGAGAUCUUCAAAAUGUUACGUACAAGGAAUUAAUCCUUUCAUCUUUUGGUUUCCCUGACAUGAAACUACUCGCUCUAUCUGGCGUUCAAGAUUGGGAUUUAUUCAUGAAGAAUAGCCCCCCCCUCGCGAUAGAUCGACCAAAGGCUCUAAAGUCUCUCCGUUACGAGCUCGCGCUUUCCGAGAUUAGUAAUUAUCGGCGGCUCGAAAGUUCUCCUCGCCCAGAUAGAUUCGUUUUAUCAGCGAAAGAAUUCAGCGACGCUCUGUAA